AGCCCAACCUCGAGCUCCCCGCCUGUCGCCUUUCGCGGAGUCCACUCUGCUGCGGCUCGGCUGUGCUCGGGAUUGCUGGGCUAUGCCUUGUAUGACUAAGACAUCUUACCAAGAUUACCUUUGCUUUGACACUUGAGGACAGUCAGACCAUAAAACACUGCUAAGGAGUGCUAAAGCGGCAAUGAAACAGCCCAACAGGAAAAGGAAGCUUAGUAUGGAUUCCAAAGAGCAACAGAAUCAGGAUGGGUGCUUGGAGCAAAGCCCAGAGGAAGAAAAGCCCAGGGAUGGUGCAGCACCUUUGAGUCACGUCCCUUCAGCGACUGCACAGGACACGUGGUCUUGGGACCAGUACUUGAAAGAACAGAAUGCCAAUGCAGCACCCAUUGAACUGUUUUCUCAGGACCAGUCCUUUCCAGAGUAUGAAAAUGGUUUUCAGGUUGGAAUGAGAUUAGAAGGCAUUGACCCCCGACACCCAGCUGUAUUUUGUGUGCUUUCUGUAGCUGAGGUGUGUGGUUACCGUCUAAGGCUUCAUUUUGAUGGUUAUUUAAGCUGCUACGAUUUUUGGACCAAUGCUGGUUCCCCUGACCUUCAUCCCAUAGGGUGGUGUGAAAAGACCAAACAUGAAUUGCACAUCCCUAAGGGUUAUAGAAAAGAUAAAUUUGUUUGGAUGAAUUAUUUGAAGGCCUACAAAUUGCAAAAUGCUCCCAAGAAAUUAUUCAGGAACAGAAGUUCUAAUGGGCCAGUGCCUAAAGAAUUUCAGGUUGGAAUGAAGCUGGAGGCCGUCGACAGGAAGAACCCUUCCCUGGUGUGUGUGGCAACCAUAGCAGAUAUUGUUGAAGAUCGCUUACUAGUGCAUUUUGACAAUUGGGAUGAUAGUUACGAUUACUGGUGUGGUGUAAAUAGUCCUUAUAUCCAGCCAGUUGGAUGGUGUCAGAAGAAUGGAAGAACUCUUAUAACUCCCCAAGGUUAUCCUGAUCCAGAAAAUUUUUCUUGGACAGAAUAUCUGGAUUCUACUCAAGCUAGUGCUGUUCCUGCCAAAGUAUUUAAAAUGAGGUUGUCUCAUGGUUUUCUGCCGAAUAUGAAACUUGAAGUUGUGGAUAAACUAAACCCCAGGUUAAUUCGCGUUGCUACCAUUGUAGAUGUUGAUGACCAAAGAAUAAAGGUUCAUUUUGAUGGCUGGGACCACAAAUAUGACUAUUGGACGGAUGCAGACAGCCCUGACAUUCACCCGAUUGGAUGGUGUGAUGUGACAGGGCAUCCUCUGGAAGCGCCAUAUCGAGCAAAUGAUGUGAAAACCAUUCCAGGUCAAGCUGUUUGUCCUACCCCAGGGUGCCGAGGAAUAGGCCAUAUCCGUGGUCCAAGGUAUUCAGGACAUCACAGUGCUUUUGGCUGCCCGUAUUCUGACAUGAACUUGAAAAAGGAGGUAACACUCCACGAUCGUCUGAGAGAACAAACACAGGAAAAUUUGGGAUCAGACUCUUCACAUUUAAAAUUGGAAAAUCUCUGUAGUUUGAACUUCAGUGGAAAACAUGAACAGGCAAACAGUCAGCCCAGACUUGUACAGCAGGCAAAGUGUUUGAAAAUCAAAGAAAAAGAAGAUUUUGACUGGGAUAAACUCUUCAGAGGGCAAGAUCACUCAUCUGAUGAACCACUUAAAAAUGGAAAGAAGACUACUCGAAAUAGAGGAGUGAUCACUACGUGCCAGGCUCCAGCAGAAUACGCGGCUGAGCAGACACAGCGGGCACUGCAUGAGUCGGUUUUCAUGGCAUCCUUUUUCACCCACCCUUCCCGGGACCUCCCUCUCAGCAGGGAGCAGCACUGCAAGCUGCUGCCGGGCGUGGCUGACAUCCAGGCAGACGAGGUGGCCCGAUGGACAGUGGAUGAGGUGGCUGAGUUUGUACAGUCUCUGCUGGGCUGUGAAGAGCAUGCCAAUUGCUUCAAGAAAGAGCAGAUUGACGGCAAAGCCUUCCUGCUUCUGACACAGGCAGACAUCGUCAAGGUGAUGAAGAUCAAACUGGGCCCAGCACUGAAGAUUUAUAAUGCUAUCCUCAUGUUCAGGGAUUCUCAGAACCUCACCGAAGAGGACACUGUCUCGGGCUGAGAAGUCAGGGGCUAAAUGCACUGCCCGAGCUGCCACCUCACUGGGACCUGGUUCUUUCAGCAAUGAAGUUGGCCUGCACUGAUUUGAUUUUAAUGCCCCUGUGGUCAUAUCCAUAUUUAAUCUGGACCUUUUAAAUGGCUGUGGCUUAUAUGUUUAGAGGGUUUUGAUAGCUGCUUCAGGGCCAACAGCACCAAAGCCCAGGCAGGCAUACAGUUUGUGGAUAACCUUGCCUUCAGUGGGGCCCUUUCAGCUCUGAUGUGGGGCCACAAACAGACCAAAGAAGCAGCCGCAUACACCUUUAUUCUUCUCCCUUGCCAUAAAAGACACUACUUCCCAAUUCAAAAGCAUAAAACUCACAAGUGGUAAAAUAGUAGAAAAACAGAACUCAUAAAUACUUGUAAUGUUUUCACCAGAACAACUGGGCCUGGCUCAGACCUGCCAUCUGUGUGCAGUGAGUCUAAGAGACAGGGGCCUGGUGCUUUAAAAAGAUUUCAUGAGGUUUUUGUGUACUUUACUCAGGAAAGUGUGAAUUUUUAAAAAAUAAUGAUAAGCACAUAUUUUUAUGAUUCAAUAGUUCUUUUUGUUCCAUUAACCACUUCUUGGUUGUGCUCCCAAGGCCUCCUGGAAUGUGCCCAGCAGCUGCCUGAGAAGAGCCUGGGCAGUUAGUGGAAGCUGGGGACCCUCCCUGCCACAGUGCCCUGCGGGCUGUGUGUGGGACCCGCCGCAGGGAGACCUCAUCCUGACACUGGCCUUGGCUAGUGGGCCAGAUGCCCACCAGCACCAGAGGCCUCCCCUGCUGCCACCCUGAGGCAGCCUUCGGGGAACUGGUUUGCCCUGCAGUCAUCUGAGUGAGUGUGAUGAGGAGCUGUGGCACGGCUGGGCCUUGUGCACUUCUUUACAGGGACGGCAUUAAAAGGGACGAUCUCUAACGUAGGGAGCUUGCAAUCUAUUUUUUUGUUUUAACAAUUCUGACUUGUUAUCAGACCUUACUUGUUGUGUGUAAGUGACUGUAUCUGAAACUUAAGUGACAUGGAGUCAGCCCCACACACAGUUUUAAAAACAAGCCCCUUUUUGCUGACACACACCUACAGUGAGGGCUACAAAUGCCCCCAUGGAAGCGGGGCUCCAGUGUCGUCUUUAGUGGGGAGAAGAAAGAAACGGGAAAAGGAACUGGGGCCUGACCAUACCCAUUUUGUUUCAGUAAGAAUCUGAUGCUUGGAGAGUUCCUCAAGCUUUAGGUCACUGAAAAAUAGAAUCUUGUCUAAGAAGUGUCACACACAUUACAUUUCUUUAGGUCCUUACUCAAGUGGAAUUUUAGUGUAUUAUUGGUUGAUGUAAAUUUUUCUUUCUAUGUCACUUUCUUUGUUUUGUUUUUGUUUUGUGGACUGCCAUGCACAAUUCAAAUUCUUGCUUCUCUAUGUCAAAAUUUUAAUAUAUUUUAAAUGAUAAUAAACAGAUAAAAUAAAACCUUCA